AUGGCACUCGAUAAAGUUGAUAUACUUGUCCUCGUUUUAGCAGACCAUUCACGGGUUCAGUUGGUUGACGGGAUAACACAUCGGCAGGGUUUGACGAUCCAGGUGAGUAUUUCACUUGGUAUAGGUAUUAGGUACUGUUGCAUUCAGAGAAGCCAUGUCCCAAUGUGUAAUGGUAGUUUGGAUUUAGGGCUAUAAAUCAGUUAAAGUGGCUUUUGGUCAGUGUAGAAGUAAAUUCUUUACCUACGAGAUAUAAAUGGAAGCGUUCACACCCCAUACUACGGCAAGUGCUUCCUUUUCUGUCUGUGAGUACCGGCGUUCGGUGGGGGUGACUGGGAAAGGGUACGACUUGCAUAUGCAUAUGCCAUCAACUGACAAGGUUGUUUCUUUGGUCCAAUCAUCGGUAAUUGCAGUCUUAAUUCUGUCAAAAGCUUGCUGGUGGAUGGCAGUCUAUUGCCAUUUUGUUGAUUUGUUGGUCAGUUCGUGCGAAGGAGCUGAAAGAGUGGCAAAAUCCUUGAAGAAACAAGCACAGUGGUUAGAUAGAUCAAGGAAACUUCGGAGUUGACCAACGUUUUCUGGAGUUGUUGUCUUCACUAUGGCUUCAACUUUCUUGGGAUCAACGGAUAGACCAUCUUUGAACAAAAUGUAACCAUGAAACCAUAAACGUUGCUGAUUGUAUUCACAUUUAUCACCAUUCAGUGCGAGGCCCUUGGCAUUGGAACAAAGCUUCAAGAUUGCGAUCAUAUUCCUCCUGAGAUUUCUCCUAAACCUAUGAUAAUUAUCAUCCGUAAUGUUACGAACAUGAAGACCUUGAAGUGCCUGUUGCAGGACAUUCUGGAAAACUUGGCAGAUGAAAUGCCAAAGGGUAGGUGUGGAGAAUCUUCAUCGAAUUCAAUGUGAUGGUAGCCUGUACGAAGAUCUAAUUUCUCUAAUAAUUAUGGUUUAUUGAAAAUCUUUCACAGUUACAAAGACUGAAUUACAGAGUUUAUAUAUCUACAAUAUUAUAGUAUAACUAUAUGACAUUAUUAUUAUUAUUAUUAUUAUUAUUAUUAUUAUUAUUAUCUACGCUGAUCUAAAUGGAUUCAAAAGCCCUUCAAUACUUACUGGUGAUACGUAUCGCCCAGAUUUGUUAUUAUCGUGCUCAAAUGGUUCCUUGUAUGUGGUUGAACUCACCACUGGUUAUGAGACAAACCUCAAAAACAACGUAAAACGGAAGAAGGAUAAAUAUAGAGAAUUAUUGAGACAGCUAGGUAAAAAUUUUAACCAAGUUAAAUUUAUAAAUCUCUCCAUCAGCUCUUUGGGUAUUUUUGCAGAAGAAUGUUAUACAUUUUUAGACAUGUUAGAUAGUAUUGGUCUUGACAAAAACCACCAAAUGUACUGCGUUAGGAAAAUGAUGACUAUUGCUAUUAGAACUACAUAUUACAUUUUUUGUUGCCGAAAUAAGGAAUGGGAAAAUCCGGAUUUACUAACAAUUUGACUUAUCUCAUUGUAUAUAUAUAUAUAUAUAUUGCAUGCACUUUGUUCUGUUGUUUUAGUUUAGUCUAAUUGUGAUUCAAAUAGCCAACCGUAAGUUACCUUUAUGAGAGAGAUUUACGAUUGUAUAUGUAUAUAAAGAAAAACAUUUAAUAAAGUUUCCAUUAUUAUUAUUAUUAUUAUUAUUAUUAUUAUUAUUAUUAAAAAGCAUGUUCUGUACUUAUACACAAAAAGGGAAAUACAAAUGACCCUUCCAAUUUCCGUCCUAUUACUCUGGAAUCCAUACCCUUAAAAGUGUUUACCUCAUAUCUUCGCAACGCCAUGUUCUCCUUUCUAACGGCUAAUAAUUUCAUUGAACAAAAGAUUCAGAAAGGCUUCACUCCCAAUUUGUCUGGCACUUUGGAACACACAGCUCAAAUGACAAACAUCAUCAACCAAGCGAGAAUAAAACAACGCUCUGUUGUCAUCACCCUUCUUGACCUUAAAAACGCCUUUGGUGAAGUGCAUCAUAAUCUCAUUCAAUCUGUCCUCGGUUAUCAUCACAUUCCCGAACAGAUUAAUGAAAUUAUCAAGAGCUUGUAUACUGACUUCAACACCACAAUUAUAACUGCCGAAUUCUCUACCCCAUUCAUAACUGUUGGCCGAGGUGUACUUCAAGGAGACUGUCUUAGUCCUUUACUUUUCAAUAUGUGUUUCAACACCUUUAUUCAGCACAUUAAAGUUGAUAAAUACCGCCAAUUUGGUUUCAUGACCAAAUUUUUAAAUCCAAUCCAUUGGUUCCAGUUUGCUGACGAUGCAGCCGUUAUUAGCGGCCAAGAGAGCGAAAAUCAGACCUUUUAA